UCGGGCGCCCUGGCUCUCUUGAGCCGCUGUUGGUACUGCUGGCGAAAAAAGAUGUGAAAAUGAGACAGGCUAUCUAUGGAGUUAUUAACAUAAAAUGACGGGUUUUGCAGCCGAAUGCCGUUUGCCAGAAGAUUCAUUGGUGACACCGGUUUGAGGUCCACCAGACAACCGAGAAAAGGAUUCAGGACGUUAAUCAUCACACUGCAUAGCUCCUGUUGAAGGAGGGACGACUUGUAAGCAUCGUCCGUCUAUGAAAGUGGAGUGCACUGGACAUCUCUUUUUAUCAUGAACAUUGUGCCCACCAUCUCCACUUGAAGCAGGACUACCAAGAAAUAUUCACAUAACUGGUGAAAGUGACAAACACAAAACCAGCUACCAGACUAAACAACAAUUGUCGAGGUCAUAUUUCCAUUUUGUUGUCAGCUCCAUUCUUCUUUCUAGCAGAAGAUGUACGGUAGCGCUCGCUCUGUCAGCAGAGGGGAUGCCAACCAUAGCGGAGGACGAGAUGGAGGUAGCACCGGUAACCAGGGAUCGGGCCGUUCCCCUCGCCUCCCGCGUUCUCCUCGGAUGGGGCACCGUCGCACCAACAGCACAGGAGGCAGCGGAGGCGGUCCCGGAGGAGCUGGAGGCAAGACGUUAUCGAUGGAGAACAUCCAAUCGCUCAACGCUGCAUAUGCCACCUCAGGACCGAUGUACCUCAGCGACAACGAGGUCGCCUUGGCAGGUGACCACAUUCCCAAAAGUGGUGGGACGAUGACGACGAUGGGAAGGCAAAGGGUGACAUAUGGGUCGAGGAGCAGCAACAGUGGAGUCGUGGCCGCUAGCACACCCAACAUCUCCACCUCGGUGCCUGCCAAUGCUGUGCUGCCUGCGGGCAUGAUGGCAGGUGAUGCACUAGCUUUUGGGGACCACCACAUGGCUUCCACUGUGCCCCAUUCUCUGAGGCAGGCCAGAGACAACACCAUACUCGACCUACAGGCCCAGCUGAAAGAGGUUCUGCGUGAGAACGAGCUGCUGCGGCGAGAAGUGGAAGUUAAGGAGAGCAAGCUUAGCUCCUCGAUGAAUUCCAUCAAGACCUUCUGGAGCCCCGAACUAAAAAAGGAGCGAGCUCUUAGAAAAGAUGAGGUGUCUAAGAUCACCGUCUGGAAAGAACAAUAUCGUGUUAUUCAAGAUGAAGCACAGCAUCUCCAGAUGACCGUUCAGGCUCUUCAGGAUGAGAUGAGGAUCCAAAGAGACCUCAACCAGCUCCUUCAGCAAGAUCCCAGCAGCCAAAGCCGGGACCUGGCGCUGUCUUCUGAGCCCACAGAGGAGAACUACAGGCGGCUCCAGGCCGAGCACGAGAGGCAGGCCAAAGAGCUUUUCCUCCUCAGAAAGACCCUGGAGGAAAUGGAGCUGAGGAUCGACACGCAGAAGCAAACGCUGGGAGCCCGGGACGAGUCCAUCAAGAAGCUGCUGGAGAUGCUGCAGAGCAAAGGGCCAUCAGCCAAGGCAUCAGAGGAGGACCAGGAGCGGACUAGGAGACUGGCUGAUGCAGAGAUGCACAGGCAUCACCUCGAGAGUUUACUGGACCAGAGAGAGCGAGAGAUCAAUGCACUAAGAGAAGAGCUGCACCGUCGAUAUGAAGGAACCCCAGAGUCGACCAAAACCAAGGCUCUGCAGACCGUCAUCGACAUGAAGGAUGCAAAAAUCAACUCGAUGGACCGGAACCUGAGAGACAUGGAGGAGGAGCUGCUGAUGAUGAAAUCGAAUGGACUUCUGAGCUGUGAGGAGCGUCAGGAGGAGAUGAAGCAGAUGGAAGUGUACCGCAGCCACACCAAGUUCAUGAAGAACAAGAUGGAGCAGGUGAAGCAGGACCUCUCCAGAAAGGAUGCUGAGCUUCUUGGUUUGCAGACCAAACUGGAGACCCUCAACAACCAGUUCUCAGACAGCAAGCAGCACAUCGAAGUCCUCAAGGAGUCCCUCACUGCCAAGGAGCAGCGAGCUGCCAUCUUACAAACAGAGGUGGAUGCCUUGCGCCUACGCUUGGAAGAGAAGGAGGCAACUUUGAACAAGAAAAGCAAGCAGAUACAAGAAAUGUCAGAGGAGAAGGGCACACUGAACGGGGAGAUCCACGACCUGAAGGACAUGCUGGAGGUCAAGGAGCGCAAAGUGAACGUGCUUCAGAAGAAGAUCGAGAACUUGCAGGAGCAGCUGAGGGACAAAGAGAAGCAGAUGAGCAGCCUGAAGGAGAGAGUGAAGUCUUUGCAGGCAGACACGUCCAACACUGACACAGCUCUCACCACACUGGAGGAGUCUCUGGCAGAAAAGGAGCGCAUCAUCGAACGUCUAAAGGAGCAGCGGGACAGAGACGACCGCGAAAAGACGGAGGAGCUCGACUGCAACAAGAAGGAGCUGAAAGAGUUGAAGGAGAGGCUGAGCUUACUGCAGGGAGACCUGUCAGACAGAGAGACAUCUCUGUUGGACCUGAAGGAGCAUGCAUCUUCCCUGGCCUCCUCUGGGCUCAAGAAGGACUCCAAGCUCAAGAGUAUGGAGAUCAAUUUGGAGCAGAAGAAGGAGGAGUGCCUCAAACUGGAGAACCAUCUGAAGAGAGCUCAAAAUGCAGCCCUGGAGGCUCAGGCAAACACUGAGCUGGCUGAGCGCAUUAAGAAUCUGGAACAGGAAGUGGUUCGCCACAGGGAGGACUCUGGGAAGGCUCAGGCCGAGGUGGACCGCCUGCUGGAGAUCCUUCGGGAAAUGGAGAACGAGAAGAACGACAAGGACAAAAAGAUCAACGAGCUGGAGAGCUUGUCCUCCAGGCAGAUGAAGGACCAGUCAAAGAAGGUGGCGUCUCUGAAGCACAAGGAGCAGGUGGAGAAGAGUAGGAAUGCUCGACUCAUGGACGAGGCCAGGAAGAGGGAGGACAACAUGUCUGAGAGCUCCACGCAGGUGAAGGACACCCUGCGUCUGAAGUCUGAGCGCAUAGAAGAGCUGGAGGAGGCCCUGAGAGAGAGCGUCCAGAUCACAGCAGAGCGAGAGAUGGUACUAGCUCAAGAGGAGGCUGCCCGGUGCCUCCAGGAGAAGCAGAAGCACUCACUCAAACCAAUGCAUGAGUCCAACCUCGCCCUCUUAAAGUUGUCCAAGAUGGAGGAGCUGCUGGGGGCCAUGGAGAAGGUGAAGCAGGAGCUGGAGUCCAUGAGGGCUAAGCUGGCCUCCACCCAGCAGUCUCUGUGUGAGAAAGAGGCACACCUCUCCACCCUGCGGGCUGAGCGCAGGAAACACCUGGAGGAGGUGCUGGAGAUGAAACAGGAGGCGCUGUUGGCUGCUAUCAGCGAGAAGGACGCUAACAUUGCCCUGCUGGAGUUGUCCUCCUCUAAAAAGAAGAAGACCCAGGAUGAGGUGGCUCUGCUGAAGCGGGAGAAAGACAGACUUGUACAGCAGCUGAAGCAGCAGACUCAAAACAGAAUGAAACUGAUGGCAGACAACUAUGAGGACGACCAUCUGAAGACGGCCCCCGACCACACAAAUCACAAACCCUCUCCGGAUCAGAUGAUCGCCCCUCUUCUAGCCCUCUCCCAGAACCGCAGCAAGCUAAAGCUUUACAUCGCCCACCUGACAGACCUCUGCCACGACCGGGACCCCAGCAUCCUCAGCCAGCUCACGCCCCCUUCUCACUACCACCAAAACGACCCCGAAGACUGGGAGGAGGAGGUCCAGAAGAUGAGUGUAGAGCAGUUGGAGCGUGAACUUGAGGUGUGUGAGAAGGAGAGCGGCGAGCUGCAGGAGUACGCCAACUCUGUUCUCCAGCAGAUCGCCGAUUACUGCCCGGACAUCUUGGAGCAGGUGGUCAACGCCCUGGAGGAGUCAUGCUGACAACUCUGAACCUCAGACACAACCGGGGCUGAGCCCUGGUCUCUACAUGGACCUGUAGCUGAGCCCAGGAAGCCCCUACCUCCACUCGACGAUGCUCUUGGAAGGAUACGAGGACUUUUAUCAGACCCUACUGAGCUUCUCUGCCUCGCUCCUUUUUGUCCAUUCUGAAACAAAAACCCCUCGGACUCUAAAGUGCUUUCCUGUGUCAUUCAUCUCUGAUGUCGAGCUUGCAAAAAAAUAAAUUACAGAUGUGCUCAUUUCAGACAGGAACCGAGCAUACAAGAAGUUCAUGAAAAAGCCAGCUUAGAAACUCUAAAGCUGACUGAUUUAGCAUUUGUGAACUCUCCAAAUUGGAUUUCUUGUUCGUAGUAAAGUAAAAUAAAGUCUGGGACAGGUGCAUUAGAGGAGAGAGAGAGGGAAUUCAGAUAAAAAGAACCAAACUUCAGCACAAAGUCUUUGAGUAUACUGCCAUGCUUCCUCUCCCUAGAGGUCCUCACUCACUGCAGGAAGUGUAAGAUCAAGCACAGUUACCUCACUAACCUUUUAUCUCAGUCUCUGACCCCUUUAGUCUCUCUCUCGCAGGUCUUUCAAGUCGAAACGGAAAACAGGAAGAAGCUUAUUCCUACACGGGGCGGGAAAGCACUUUUUUCAGUCGUAGAACCCAGGAGCACAGAGGGUAAAUCAUGAAGCCAUGUAGAGAUGCUUGCUGGUAUUUUAGGUAGCGUUCCACAACUAGGAGGCUUGAGUCACAGCUACUGGUGGCAGAUGGUGUGAACUCUUAGGAAAAGCCACUCUUAAAACCAAAUAAAUGCAGCGUUUUGUGUAAAUGUUUUCCUCUCCCAGGUCAAGGCUGUAGUCAGGAUUAGGUGGUAGGUACGUCUUUACUGUGUCCUGUGUGGCUAAGAGAGGGAUCGAGGUCGUGACCUUGGAUCAAAAAGUCAGCUUUUAGUUACACUUUGUUCUCAAAUGUGUGAGAGAGAGAGAGAGAGAGAGAGAAAACAGCUUUUAUUCUUGAUGACGUAUUAAUUUUUAGAUGGUUUUGCACAUGACGUCCACUUGUUUAUGAGGUAUGCAAUGUUUCAUUUUGAGAGCGUUCUAAGUGGCCUUGGAGCAUUCACAGAGAUAAGUACUGGACCUAUCACAGGGAUGUGGAUUUCUCUGUCAUACUGGUGCUAAGGCAUGAUGUUAAGGACUUUUAAUCUGAUCCGCUGAUCAUUCGUUACAU